CUGUCAUUAAUAUUAUAUUCAUGUUUUUCUUCUGAUAUUUGCUUAAGAAUAACUAAAACUUUUUAACAGGUCCCUGAAAGUAUGUGGAUUCUAUGUGCUAUGCAUUCCAUGUUUAGAGGAUAACUUGGCCCUGUUACGAGUCCAAUAUUCUUGAGUCCAGUUGUGUCAUAGACUAGAGACAUGGCAAAGACAAAGAGGGCUAUAUGUUGUUAAAAGACGAUUAACUCUUUGAUCUAGUUAUAGUGAGUGAUUUGUCAUUUUAGAUGAGAUCUAAAGGCAUUGAGAUGCCUUAUUUCUAUUGUUUUCUUUCAAACUUAUAAUUUGCAGAGUGGAUCCUUUCAGCUCACUUUUGGCCUGUCCUUUCUCGGUGGAUUUAUUUUAAGAAGAUGGAUCUGUUAGAACUUAGAGAAGCUUCAGCAUUCCUCAGAAGAAGUGAGGCUAACUUGCCUUUGAUACCAGCCAUGACUUUUGUUGGUAAGAAUUAAAACAAGAAAUGCUGGAUUCAUGAUGGGAAGAAUGCCUACAUUGAAGCUGAGGUUAAAGGGAGUGAAAAUGAUGGAAAAAUUAUUGUUGAGACUAGUAAUGGAAGGGGUCUGAGUGCCAAGCAGGACAAAUUCCAGCAAAUGAAUUUUGCAAAGUUUGACAUGAUUGAAGACAAAGCACAGCUAACUCACCUCAAUGAAGCAUCUGUGCUGCACACCCUGAAGAGGUGCUAUGAUCGCUGGGUGAUCUAUAUAUAUUCAGAUCUCUCCUAUGUGACCCCAAACCCUUACAAAUGGCUUCCAGUGUAUCAGAAAGAAGUCACGGCUGCCUACAGAGGGAAGAGGCGCUUGGAAGCUCCCUCUCACAUCUCUGCUGUUGCUGAUAAUGCCUUUCAGGUUAAGCUUCACAAUCUUGAGAACCAGUCUAUACUGUUCACAGGAGAAUCUGGUUCUGGAAAGACUGUGAACACCAAACACAUUAUCCAGUAUUUUGCCACUGUCACCACCAUGAGUGAAUCCAGGAGAAAGCUGGGGACUUCAGAAGAUCAAAUUGUGCAAGUGAAUCCUAUCUUGGAAGCAUUUGGAAGUGCCAAAACUCUAAGAAAUGACAAUUCUUCUUGUUUUGGAAAAUUCAUCAGGAUGUACUUUGAUGCUAGAGGCAUGCUCUCAUCUGCAGACAUUGAGAUCUAUUUGUUUGAAAAAUCCCAGGUGAUUUACCAACUGCCUGGAGAGAGGAACUACCACAUAUUCUAUCAAAUUCUGUCUGGAAAAAAAGAACUUCAUGAUGCACUCCUGCUGUCUGCAAAUCCCUGUGACUUUCUCGUCUGCUCCUGUGGUGUAGUUGCUGUGGAGAGCUUGGUUGAUGCUGAGGAACUACUGGCCAUAGAACAAGUCAUGGACAUCUUGGGCUUUCUUCCUGAGGAGAAGUAUGUAUGCUAUAAACUUGUUGGAGCCAUCAUGCACUCUGGAAACAUGAAAUUUAAACAGAAACCCAGAGAAGAGCAACUGGAACCAGAUGGCACAGAAAGAGAUGAAAAUCUGAUACUUUAUUUGUACAGUAUGUUCUUGCAGCUAAUGAUAAAAGAAUAUUUUCACUGUGAUUUCUGGGUUAUCUGUGCUGUUGGUGCCCUGUCCAAGUCAAUAUAUGGAAAGAUAUUUAUGUGGCUGGUGGCUCGAAUCAACAGGGUUAUGAAUGCCAAGCUGUCAAGGCAGCUCUUCAUUGGCAUUCUUGACAUCACUGGUUUUGAAAUCCUUGAAUGUAAUAGCUCUGAGCAAUUUUGCAUUAAUUUUACCAAUGAAAAACUACAACAGUUCUUUAAUCAGCACAUGUUAAUUCUGAAACAAGAGGAAUACAAGAAAGAAGGCAUUGACUGGGUGUUCAUUGACUUUGGUCUGGAUUUUCAAGCUUGCAUAGAUCUCAUUGAGAAGCCCAUGGGCCUGCUUUCCAUCCUUGAAGAGGAAUGCAUGUUUCCUAAGGCUACAGAUAUGACUUUCAAGAUGAAACUCUUUGAUAACCAUUUUGGAAAGUUGGUUUAUUUCUAGAAGCCCAAGCUUGAUAAGAAAGAGAAAUAUGAAGUUCACUUUGAACUUGUCCAUUAUGCAGGAGUGGUGCCUUAUGACCUCAAUGAUUGGCUUGAAAAGAACAAAGAACUUCUUAAUGAAACAGUGGUGGCCAUAUUUCAGAAAUCUUCCAAUAGAUUCCUGGCAAGCCUUUUUGAAGAUUACAUUGGAACUGACUAUGCUCUACAGUUUGGAGAGAAGAAACACAAGGAAGGAGCUUCAUUUCAACUGGUUGCAUCUCUUCAUAAGGAAAACCUCAAUAAAUUGAUGACUAAGCGGAAAUCAACAGCACCUCAUUUUGUGAGAUGCAUAAAUCCCAGUGGGAGCAAAAUGACAGGUGUAAUAGACUCUUCCUUCGUUCUACACCAGUUGUGUUGUAAUGGUGUCUUGGAAGGGAUUAGGAUAUACUGUGAAGGUUUUCCAAACAGAAUGCUGUAUGAUGAUUUUAAACAAAGGUACUGCAUUCUGAUCUUUUCAGAGAGCAAGUUUGUGAGCAGCAAAAAAGUAGCUGAAGAACUACUUGGCUACUUGGAGAUAGACCAUACUCAGUUCCAGUUUGUAAACACUAAGGUGUUUUUAAAAGCAAGCUUUCUGAGUCAAUUGGAACAAAAGAGAGAUGAGAGACUUUCCAAUUUCACAUUGUUCCAAGCUAGAGCACAGGGCAAAAUGAUGCCAAUCAAAUUCCAGAAGACUGUCAAAGAAAGGGAUGCAAUUCUUUUGAUCCAGUGGAACAUAAGAGCUUUCAUGGCUGUGAAAAACUGGACCUGGUUGAAGCUCGUCUUCAAGAUCAAGCCCCUUAUUAAGUCUAUGGGAGUAGGAGAAGAGAUAGCCAGACUGAAGGAAGAAUACGCACAACUGCAGAAAGCCUUGGAAUCAGAAUCUCAGAGGGAGGACCUGAAAGCCCAGCAAGUUUCCCUCAACCAGGAAAAGAAAGAUCUGCUUCUUCAGCUGCAGGCUGAGCAAGAGACUCUGGAAAAUAUUGAAGGGCAGUGUGAGUCACUGAUUAAAUCCAAGAUCCACCUGGAGGCCAGAGUCAAGGAGCUGUCUAAGUGUAUGGAGGAAGAAGAGGAGAUAAAUUCUGAGCUGACUGCCAGGGGGCAGAAACUGGAAGAUGAAUGUUUUGAAUUGAAGAAAGAAAUCAAUGACCUGGAAACAAUUUUAGCAAAAUCAGAGGAGGAGAAGCUGCUAUGGAGCACAAGUGAACAUGAUGCCAAGAACCUGACUGUGGAGGUGGACUCUCUAAAGGAGGAUAUUAGCAAACUUAACAGAGCAACCAAGGAUGUGCAGGUAGCCUAUCAGCAGACUCAGGACUACCUGAGCACAGAGGAGGAGAGACUGAGCAACCUGAGCAUAGCAAAUCAGAAGCUGGGACUGCAAGUAGAUGAGUUGGAGGGCACCCUUGAACUGGAGAGAAAAGAGAGAAUGAUCUAUGAAAGAGAAAAGCACAAACUAGAAGAUGAUUUAAAUGUGACCCAGGAAAAUAUGGAGAACCUGGAGCACAACCAGUGGUAGCUAGUAGAACAGCUGAGGAAGAAAGAAUUAGAAAUGAGUCAGAUGAAUUCAAAGGUUGAAAAUGAGAAAGGCCAGGUGGCUCAGCUUCAGAAGAUGAUUAAAGAGUUCAGCCAAAAUUAUAUAUUGCUGCAGAGUCAUAUACGGAAUUUGAAAGAGGAAUUAGAAGGUAAAAGGACCACUCGAGCCAGGGUAGAAAGAGAGAGAGAUGACCUCACCCACGACCUAGAAGACUUGAAUGAGAGGCUGGAGGAGGCAGCAGGGGCCAGUUUGGCUCAACUGGACAUAACUAAGAACCAAGAAGCAAGAUUUCAGAGGCUUCACCAAGACAUGGGAAAGACCAUGCUACACUUUGAGGCAAUGUCUGCCUCUUUGAAAAAGAGACAUGCAGAUAGCCUGACUAAGUUCUAGGCCCAGAUAGAAAAUCUAUAGUAAGUCAAGCAGAAACUGGGAAAAGAGAGUGACUUGCAGCUAGAAGUGGAUGACCUCUGGACCCAUUUUGAGCAGAUGACUAGAGCUAAGAUGAAUGCUGAGAAAUUCUGUAGUCUGAAUGAAGUGCGUAUGAAUGAAGCAAAUACAAAGCUAGAAGAGGUGGCUCAGUUGGGAAGUGACCUGAAAGCAUAGAAGACAAAGCUACAGAGUGAGAAUGGUGAGUUCCUAAAGAAGCUGGAAGAAAAAGAGUCUCUGACAAAACCACUUUCCAGGGGAAAGAGCCACUUCACUCUGAAAAUUGAAGAACUGAGGGGGCAGCUAGAAGAGGAGACCAGAUCUUGGAGUGCCCUGGCCCAUGCCCUGCAGUCAGCCAACCAUGACUUUGACCUUUGAUGAGAGCAGUAUGAGGAGGAACAAGAAGUCAAGACUGAGCUACACCGAGCCCUAUCUACAUGCAACACUGAAAUGGUGCAGUUGAGAAUGAAGUAUGAACAAGAUGCAAUCCAGAGAACUGAGAACUUGGAAGAAGCCAAGAAGAAGCUGGCCAUUAGGUUGCAGGAGGCUGCUGAAGCCACUCAGGUGGCCAAUGCCAGCAAUGCCUCCCUGGAGAGGGCCAGGCACCAGCCGCAGAUUGAAGUUGGGGACACCCUGUCUGACCUUGGGAAGGCCCGCUCAGCAGCAGCUGCACUGGAUCAGAAGCUGCAGCACUCUGACAAGACCCUUGCCAAUUGGAACCAGAAGCAUGAGGCCCAGGCCUUGCUGGGUGCUUCUCAGAAGGAGGCCAGAGUUCUCAGCACUGAGGUCCAUAAGCUGAAGCAUGUCUAUGAGGGGAGCACUGAGGGCCAGGAGACACUGAGGAGGGAGAACAAGAGUCUCCAAGAACAGAUUUCUAGUCUGACAAGCCAAGUUAGAGAAGGGACCAGGAACUUAAUUGAAAUGGAAAGGGUCAAGAAACUGGUUGAACAAGAGAAGACUGAAGCCCAGGUGACAUUGGAAGAAACAGAGGGAGCUCUGGAACGGAAUGAAAGCAAGAUUCUUCGCAUCCAGCUUGAGCUCUUGGAAGCUAAAGCAGAACUUGAAAAGAAGCUUUCAGAGAAAGAGGAAGAAAUAGAAAAUUUCAGGAGGAAGCAGCAGUGUACUAUUGAUGCUCUGCAGUCUAUUCUGGAUUCUGAAGCUAGGAGCAGAAUUGAGGCUAUCCAGCUGAAGCAGAAGAUGGAAGAGAACCGCAAGGACAUGGAACUCCAGAUUUGCUCUGCUAACCACCAGGUGUCUGAGGGAAUCAAAUCCCUGGGCCAGCUUCAGAGUCAAAUGAAGGACAUGCAAAUGAAGCUGGAUGACAGCACACACCUGAACAGUGAUCUGAAGGAGCAGGUGGCUGUGGCUGAGCAGCACAACUCUCUUCUUCAGUCUGAACUAGAGGAGCUGAGGUCCUUGCAAGAGCAGACUGAAUAUGGGCACAAGAUGGCCAAAAAAGAGCUCCUGGAAGCCACAGAUAGAAUCCAUCUUUUUCAUAUCCAGAAUACAAGCCUCCUCACCCAGAAGAAGAAACUAGAGGCUGACAUUGCUCAGUUGCAAAAAGAUGCUGAAGAGAUGGUGCAAGCAUGCAAUGCAGAAGAAAAGACCAAAAAGGUAGCCACUGAGGCAGCAAACAUGUCAGAAGAAUUGAAAAAGGAACAAGACACCAAUGCUCACUUAGGAUGAGAAAGAAUAUGGGUCAGACAAGACUUACAAAAAAGGCUGGAUGAAGCUGAACAGACUGUCAUGAUGGGAAGCAAAAAGCAAAUCCAGAAACUAGAAUCCAGGGUAAGAGUUCUCCUGGGUAAUCACAAGGCCUUGACAACCCCCAAUUCAAGGCUUAUUGUCCAGGAAUUUCAUGCAGAGGAAGACAAAAAGAAUCUGAGCAGGAUGCAGACUAUGAUCAAUAAACUUCAGCUGAAAGUGCAGAGUUACAAGCAUUAAGUGGAGGCAGCGGUAAGAGCCUAG